AUGGCAACGUCAAUGUCAAUGGGUAUCUUGACAUCUAUCUUGGUAGAAACAUGCUUCCUCAGCCUGGGUAAGGACAGAUUACCUCUCAAAGCUGCAGCGAAAGCGGCGGUUGGAAUGAGCUUGGUCUCUAUGAUGGCGAUGGAGGCGUCUGCGAAUUUUGUCGAUUAUCAUUUGACAGGCGGAAUGGUCAACCUCGACUCUCCUGCAUUCUGGCUCGCCGCUGCUAUAUCUAAUUUCGCGGGCUUCGUCACUCCGUUACCAUACAACUAUGCCCAGCUCAAACUGUUUGGAAAGGCGUGUCAUUAA